AGGAGCUGGUGUUGAAUUUCUUUAGAUUUGCAUAUCAGUGUCAGUGAUAUAAGUAGAGACUGUUGUCGUAUUCAGUUCACAGAGCACCACGAUGGAGAAGUUCUGGCUGGGUCUCUUGUGUCUCUCAGGCUGGAACAUCUCCUCAUGCCUUCCCUCUCAGUACCACUAUGUAGCUGAGCCUAUGACUUGGACUGAAGCUCAGACCUACUGCAGAGAGACGUACACAGACCUUGCCACUGUUGAAAACAUUGAAGAAAUGGAUCAACUUCUCUCCACAGUUCCAUCUCUGCUUGAUGAACAUUUUGUCUGGAUCGGCCUGUACAGUAAAAUCGAGUGGAAAUGGUCAGACGGCUACACAGAGAGUGGGGCUGAUUAUAGGAACUGGUCCCCUGCAGAACCCAACUUUUACGGACGUGAAUUCUGUGCUGUAAUUGGAGAUAGUGGAACAUUGUUCGAUGACUUCUGCUCUCAGAGAUAUUAUGUUAUGUGUUACACAGGUAAGAGAGCAAGAAACAAGGGGCAUGUCCAGGCUGUUUUGCUUUGA